AUGUCAAAACACAAUGUGCGUGAAGUUUUUCUUUCAAAUUUUGCUACAGAUCUUGUCAAGCCAGCUGCUUCUAAUGCGUUAAACUCUUCUUGUGUUCUUGGAAAAGGCCAUUUGCAUUCGAUUCCACAUUUUUCACAGUUAGAACAUUUGAUUUUAUUGCAUAUACUUGAUCCUUCUUCUUACACUGAUAUUUUUUUAGACAUUCAAUACAAUGAAAUGAUGUUGUUAAAGUAA